AUGAACGCAAACAUUGAUGACUUGCUUAUGAGGUGUUCGCUCAAUAAACUUAUUAAAAUUGUUGAGUUUCAAAAAGAUGUUUUAACGCAGCAAACACAUUACAAAAAUAUUUUGAACCGAUAUGAAGCCCUUUUUAUAAGUGUAAUUAAUGAAGAAAAACGAAAAAACACUAAUGUAAAUAGCCACGUCACAACGAGAAACAGUGGACUAGAUCGAAUCCUGUUAAAUUCAUUUAAAAAUAAGGAAGAAAACAAAUUUUGUUCUGACAAAAUUAGAUAUAGUAAUGAAAACUUGAACAAAGAAGAACUUGUUAAAGAAGAUCUUUCUUUUAAAAUAACAAAAUCGUGCUUUAACAAACAGGAUUUCAAUAGACCCUGCAACAUGUUUAAAGAAAGUAUGGUACAAUUAUGGGAGCGUAUUCAUUAUGAUUUUUCAUACAAACGUUUUUUAGAUAAUAAUUUUCCAAAAAGAAGUUUAUCGUUAGAUUCAGAGUCGAAUCUUUCAAAAAAGACAUUUUAUGAAAGUAAUUUUUUAGACCAUGAUUUUUCAGAAAGCUGCAUAUCAGAACACAGUAUUUUUAAUCGUUGUUUUGAAUACGACUUAAAUGUUGUAAUCGAUAUAACAGAAAGUUUUUUAUCAGACAGUGAAAUAAAGAAAAAUACUUUUUCACGUGAUAGUGCUAUUGAUGACAAUGUUACACCCGAGAACUUUAACCAAGAUAACAACGUUACACCCGAGAACAUUAACCAAGAUAACAAUGUUACACCCGAAAACUUUAACCACGAUGACCUCAACAUUUUACACGUUAAUUUUAGUGAUAACCAAAGCAAUAACCAAGGGAAUAAAUAUAAUACUUUUGACAAAAAUGUUAUUAAUGAUAAAAAGGUACCAUUUACUAAAUUAUCAAACGACAAGCUGGAAAAUUAUAACAACAGAGCAAACUUAGAAAACAACGACAGGCUGGAAAAUUAUAAGAAUAGAGCAAACUUAGAAAACAACAGAAAAGUAAUUAAAUCAGUGCUAAAGUAUUUUCCACAAUCAAAAGAUAAUUUAUUUGGUGAAAUCAAUCCACACUAUUCACCUUUUUGGAGUGUUAUUCCAAAAAACACGUAA